UGACCGGAAAACUUGGACGCCUUAUAUCUAAGGGACUACGGGUCUCACGCUGAACCCUGCUCCCAACUAACCUUGCCCUGGCGGAGUCAAAGGCUGAGAAGGAAGUAGACUGUAGAUUUCCCCUGGAACGGACACCACAGGCACCUACCCUUUUCACGUUUAUUAUCUUUCGCUAGAGGAGUGGGUACUCAGAGAGGUUAAUCAACUUGCCCAAGGUCACCCAGGAGCCAGCAGUGAGCCCAGGACUACCUUCCUCGGUUGGGCAGCGGUCUCCGGGGAAGGCGCCCGCUGGCUAGUCCCUGAGGAGUGAAAUCCCUCUGGCCCCCGACGCGCCCACUCCCGUGCGCACCCGGCCGCGCCCCCGCCAUCCCUGGCCUCCAUGCCUCCGGAGGGGGCGGUCGCAGGGAGGAUGCGGGCUGGGGGCUGCUGAGCCCGCGCAGCCACCGUCGGUCAGCCGAGAGGAGGACGAUGCUCGGCGCGCUCAGUACCCAGUGGGCGCUGAUAUCCAACUCACCCAUGCCUAUUUCCUGUAAUGGACGAACUUGAUGCUAAUGUGAGUUCCAAGGAGGGUUUCAGGUCAGUGGAGAAGGUCGUGCUGCUCACAUUUCUCUCAGCAGUUAUCCUGAUGGCUAUCUUGGGGAACCUGCUGGUGAUGGUGGCUGUGUGCAGGGACAGGCAGCUCAGGAAAAUAAAAACCAAUUAUUUCAUUGUGUCUCUUGCCUUUGCGGAUCUGCUGGUGUCAGUGCUGGUGAUGCCCUUUGGUGCCAUUGAGCUGGUUCAAGACAUCUGGAUUUACGGGGAGAUGUUCUGCCUUGUCCGGACAUCUCUGGAUGUCCUGCUCACAACAGCAUCGAUUUUUCACCUGUGCUGCAUUUCUCUGGAUAGGUAUUAUGCCAUCUGCUGCCAGCCUUUGGUCUAUAGGAACAAGAUGACCCCUCUGCGCAUCGCAUUAAUGCUGGGAGGCUGCUGGGUCAUUCCCAUGUUUAUCUCUUUUCUCCCUAUAAUGCAAGGCUGGAAUAACAUUGGAAUAAUUGAUUUGGAAAGGAUAUCCAAGCCAAGACUGGGCCAGGAUUUGCAUGUGAUAGAAAAAAGGAAGUUCAAUCAGAACUCUAACUCUACAUACUGUAUCUUCAUGGUCAACAAGCCCUAUGCCAUCACCUGCUCCGUGGUAGCCUUCUACAUCCCAUUUCUCCUCAUGGUCCUGGCCUAUUAUCGCAUCUAUGUCACAGCUAAGGAGCAUGCUCACCAGAUCCAGAUGCUACAACGGGCAGGAGCCCCCACAGAGGGCAGGCUGCAGCCAACAGACCAGCAUAGCACUCAUCGCAUGAGGACAGAGACCAAAGCAGCCAAGACUCUGUGCAUCAUCAUGGGUUGCUUCUGCCUUUGCUGGGCUCCAUUCUUUGUCACCAAUAUUGUGGAUCCAUUUGUAGACUAUACUGUUCCUGGGCAGGUGUGGACCGCUUUCCUCUGGCUUGGCUACAUCAAUUCUGGGUUGAACCCAUUUCUCUACGCUUUCUUGAAUAAGUCUUUUAGACGUGCCUUCCUCAUCAUCCUCUGCUGUGAUGAUGAACGCUACCGAAGACCUUCCAUUCUGGGCCAGACUGUCCCCUGUUCAACCACAACCAUUAAUGGAUCCACACAUGUGCUAAGGGAUGCAGUGGAGUGUGGUGGCCAAUGGGAGAGUCAGUCCCACCCCCCAGCAAGUUCUCCUUUGGUGGCUGCACAGCCCAGUGACACUUAGGCCCCUGGGGCAGUGACCCUGAAGACAGCCAUCCCUCCAAGAGAGGGCCAGGUCCUAAGCUGCUGCUUGUGCAUGACUGCACCCGGUGUUCUCUUCACCCAGCAUUCCGUCUGUUGGUGCAGGCACCCUGUGCUCGUCGAGCUUUUCUUCCAGGAUUCCAGCAGGUGGCAGGGGACAGGGUGGUCCCCUUGUUCACUGGGAGGUUCUUCGCCAGAGAUCCCCCUGGAAGGGAUCUUUUUAUCUCCUAGCACUCCCUCUUUCUGGCCUCAUAGUCACCCUUGCCUCAUAGUCUCUGUUGUCCCCAGUUUAUACCCUUACUAUGCCUGGUUUGUCUUGCUUAUGUUCCAAACAGGAUCGCUCACUGUGUCCUAUCUCAAGCAUAGACGUUUCCAAAUAUUCCUUCUUUGCUGUGCCUGCUCACAUGCACUGCCAAAAUACAUCCUCCCUGCGCCUGCCUUGGUCAGAGUUCUGUUCCAAAAGCACGCAUCUCUUGCUUGUUCGUGUCUGUCACAGCCAUGUUCAGACUGCUCACUGGCUCAUCUCUGUCCUGCUCUGUACCAGACACUAAUACACUUUCCCCCCAGAGUCUGGGUCCAACUGUGCGUCCUCCCAUGUCCAUCACAGACUUCUACUUGCUCUUCCUUAUGUCCUUGUCAGUCCUUCUCUUCAGGACAUGCUCCAUUUAUUCACCAUGGAAGAAACAAGGCAAUGAUCUUUCAGAGGAAAACCAUUUCUGCAGCAACCUCGGAGGGAAGCAGAAGACAGACAGCUCCCAACCAGUGCCAUGACCUCAAGCCCUCCUGCUCUGAGAUGCUCACUUUCCUAGAACAAAUAAUUUCCUCGAGGGCCUUGGGCAGGACCAGCGGCAUCAUAGUGUUUAUUGAAAGAUUUUGGAAUCUUUCCCAUGAGGUUGUGGCAAAGUCCAUGGUACCAAUUUAUAACCCUUGAAUCUGACCUUGCUGCUCCCAAAGGAGAGAACUGUUGGAGGCUCACGCUGCCAAGACUUGUCACUCACUGCAGUUUCCCCAGGUGGAGGAGCAGGACCAAGCAGUGCUCAGGGUGGAAAAACAGCACUUCACUCAAAGCCAGAGGACCCGGAUUCCAGCCCUGGCUCCACUUCUAACAUGAUGUGAAAUCGCGACCCAUGCCCUUCCUUCCCUGUACCUUACUUUCUUCAUCUAUCAACUGAAGUUUGGACCAGGGGAUCUCUAAGAUUCCUUUCUGUUUCUAUGACAAUAGGAUGCUGCUAUAGCCAUCAGCUACCUCAAAAAGGUGUGACCUGCCUGCCUUUUGACUUUGUUUCAAAGGAACUAGCCACUUCAUAGCCACUUCAUCUGGGCCUUCUAGACUUUUGACUUUGCCAGCUUUGCCCUUCAGAUAAACCUGGAUGUCUUUCAUUUAAAACCAAGUUCACAGCUCUUGCCACCUGUCCCAGGGUGAAGGUCCCAGGGAAGUAAACACUGCCACAUCCCAGAGCCCUGUGAGGUUUCCACUUUGGUCUUGUCUGUGGUUUGAUAGCAUCUCAGGACUUCAUCAUACUGUCCUUGUUCCUGCUGUUUAAGAAGUCAGAUGUCAUUUCCACUGAUGUUUACUUUAUUUCUGGAAUUGCACCAGCCUGGAAGAGACUUUGGAAUGAGAAAGAAAAGAUUGCCAUCAAACAAUCCAAAUGCCAAAAACAAAAAAAAGAAAAAGAAAAGAAAAAUUCUGAGUCCUGCUAAGGCUUACAAUUUUUUUGUGGAGAAAAUCACUUGUUAGGGAACAGGAAAAGACUCUAAUGAGAAAUGUGACUUGGAACUCCCAAAUGCUGUUGAGAAAGAUGCACCACGCUGAAAUGCUCCUGGUGUAGCCUGGGGUUGUCACUGAUCAGUGGGAGCAGAUUCAUCUGGGGACCUAUUCUCAUCAUAUAUGAAGAAAGUUUAUCUAAGUCCUGUCUUGUACAUUGACUCUGGAUGGACCAACUGCCUGUGCUUUUUUGAGUCACUGUCCCUGUGCCGUUAACAAGAUUGGAGCUUAGGAGACAACCACCUUUAGGAGGAUGAUCCUCCUCUAAUACAAAGGAGAGAUCAGCAAAGUUUUGAACUGCAAGGCCCUGAUCCUAGCAGUGAGACUCACACUAUAUCUGUUGGGCUGCUGCCCACAUUGUCCACAGCUUCCAUGAAUGUGCAGUAAGGAUGAGGGAGAAAAGAAGCUUCAAGGGCCCUGAAUCAGUUGCUGUGACUUACUGUGUGACUGUGAACUAGUAACUGGACCUCUCCGGCCUCAGAAACAAUCUCUCCUGCCUCCUUCAUGAAGCUGUUGUGGAGAUAAAUUAGAUAAUUUUUGUGAUGAUGUUCUGUAAAUCAUAAAAUGCCAUUUUGUUUACUAUGACUUUGAAUUACUUUAAGUGCUCCUGGGUAGUCAAAGGCUAAGAAUUUCUUCACUAAGAGGUGGACCAGUUUAGAGAGUGAGCUUCCUAUACUGAAAAACAAUACCAAGGGAUCAUCUUUUUGGGGGUCCAUUCUCCCAAAUUUACCCCCUCUGCAUUUGAUUAUUCUAAGCUACCCAAAACACACCAACACUGCAAAUUUGUACAUCACAAACACUCUCAUUUGAAGGGAUUUUGUUGUUCUCAAAGAGGUAGGUAGAGAGAGAUGAGGACUACAGUCUAAAUUUUGUGAUAAUGAGCCUAAUUUUUCAUGUAACCUCAGAGUCACAUGGAAUAAAUUCAAAUACCUUUUUGCCAUGAAAACAUUUAUUUAGACAAAGACUUGGGUCAUCGAAAUUGUCCCCACCUUGUUAAUUCUCUCUCUCUCUCUCUCUAUAUAUAUAUAUGAAAAGAACCCUCCAACAUGAAUUAGAUCAUGAAUGAUAAGCUAAUAGUUAUAUAAAGAGUCUAUUGAGAUACUGAAGCAAAUAAUUUGAGAUUUUAAAAAAUCUGAUAGUUUAUGUAAAUUAUUGUUAAUUAUCACUUAGUGUUGUCUAGAUAACACCUUCAUUUUGUUUACAUUUUUAAUAAAGCAGAAUUACAAGUGGGGCCACUCAUGCAUUUUCUAGCAAACUAAAUCCCUUUGUGUAAUCAACAUAUAAAGUACAUGUGUGCCCAUUAUACACAACAUGGGAUUUAAAUAUAUAUCUUCAAAGGCUUGCAAGUUUUAAUGAUGGUUAUAUUUUGGUUUUAUGAAAUUGUUAGUUAUACAUAUGAUUUAUUUGAAGCUAAAGUUUUGAAGUACUAGACCCCUGAUUCUAAUUUGUUUCCCUACCCUUGGCUUUUGAUGCAAUCCACUUUUUGAAACAGGUCCCAAGAAUGUGUUCUAGGAAAAACAGGAGCCUUGUUUUCUUUAUUGAUAAAUUCUAUUUAUUGAUAAACAUUAAUAAAUA